AUGGUAAUUUUGGCCACGUACUUGUUAGAGGGCGAAGCAGAGAACUGGUGGCAGGGCUUACAACGGAGUGUCCCACCCACAUAUACAUGGUCAUGGGCGGGGUUUAAGACGAAGUUCCUCGAAAAAUACUUCCCCCGAUCGUGUAGGAAUGAAAAGAUAGCUCAGUUUUUGAGACUGGAGCAGGGCAGUCUGACCGUCGCCCAAUAUGAAGCCCGAUUUGAUGAACUCUCUCGAUACGUGCCGAAGGCCUUAGAAGAUGCUGAGUACAAAUUACAGAAAUUUAAGGAAGGACUCAGGCAGGGAAUCCAGUCGCGACUGUGUGCUUGGGACUUCGAGGACUUCGCCGAGCUAGUGGACAAGGCCAUGCGAGUCGAAAAGGAUUUUGAGCUCGCCCUAAGGGCCCGCCCCUCUGCUAGGGACAUCCCAGUCAGGUCCCGACAGCUGCCUCCUGCCCCAUCCAUAAUAGAAAAGAGAGCCAGGGUCAUGCCUGUAGGUGCACCACCCAUGCCUCCCGUAAAGAACUGCGAGUAUUGCCACAAGCCCGGACACUUUGCACGGACCUGUUUCAAAAGGAUGAGGGACGAAGGCAUUGCUCCACCAGCAGGUCACCCUCAAACAGGACCAGUAGCUGCCAGGUCAGUACCAAGGCCGCAGAUACAGAGAUCGGGACCUCCAGUCCACUAG